AGGAUCAUCGCCGUCGUUGUCGGCUCUGGCGACAGGAGGAGAGAGAGAGAGGGAGAGAGAGAUAUUUUCGUCCAUCACUCGCGUGCUAGGGUUUUCUGUAAGUUCGUCCGGAAGCGGUAUUCUUUCUUCGAGGAUAUGGCCGGAGUAGGGCCGUUGACGCAGGAUUGGGAACCCGUCGUCAUUCGGAAGAAGGCGCCGAACGCGGCUGCGAAGAAGGACGAGAAGGCGGUGAACGCCGCGAGGAGGAGUGGCGCGGACAUCGAAACCGUUAGGAAAGCAAACGCGGGGACAAAUAAGGCUGCAUCCAGCAGCACUUCUUUAAACACAAGAAAACUUGAUGAAGAAACGGAAAAUCUUUCUCAUGAACGAGUGCCGUUUGACUUAAAGAAAAACAUCAUGCAGGCACGGAUGGACAAGAAACUCACCCAGGCUCAACUUGCCCAGUUGAUAAAUGAGAAGCCACAAGUAAUUCAGGAAUACGAGUCUGGAAAAGCCAUCCCCAAUCAACAGAUAAUAUCAAAGCUGGAAAGAGUUCUUGGCGUCAAGCUGCGCGGGAAGAAGGGCUAGACCAGAUAGCAGAAGUCAUGUGUCACCUUGCAGUUCGAGUUACUUGUCUAGUCUCGUAGUCUUAGUGGUUUGCCAAUAAAAAGAUCGUGUCAUAUACCUGUCAAUAUACAUUUUACUGGACUAACUGUUAGAAAGAUGUGAAUUUGCUACUUGGAAUGCUAAUUAAGGUGUUUGUUGUUGUGAUCUCGCUGCAGUGAUGUAGACUGUGGCUGUAAUGCAGACAUUCAUCGUUCGAUUCU